GCUUACCGUAGUUCAACACUUCUGAAGACAAGCGCUUCAUCUAAUGACUUUAUAAGUAAUUUGCUGCCGUUUUCUUUCGCAAUGUGACUUCUGCGUUUGCAACUUUUGAAAGGGGGCAAUGAACGACUAUGAGGUUAUCAGACAGAUUGGGCAGGGUGCAUUUGGAAAAGCCUUCCUGGUCAAAGACAAAGGGGGAGGUGGAAACACACAGUGUGUGGUCAAAGAGAUCAGCCUCAGGAAGAUGUCAGCAAAGGAAAAGGAAUCAUCCAAUAAAGAGGUGACGUUGCUGUCAAAGAUGAAACAUCCAAACAUUGUCACCUUCAUCCGGUCCUUUCAAGAGAGAGGCAGCCUUUAUAUAGUGAUGGAGUACUGUGACGGAGGAGAUCUGAUGAAGAAAAUCAACAUACAGAGAGGAGUUCCUUUCACUGAGGAGCAGAUCGUCGACUGGUUUGUUCAGAUCUGUCUGGGCCUCAAACACAUCCAUGACCGGAAGAUUCUCCACAGAGACAUCAAAGCUCAAAAUAUCUUCCUAACCAACGGAGGGAUGAAAGCGAAGCUGGGUGACUUUGGAAUCGCAAGAAUGUUGAAUAAUACCAUGGAGCUGGCCAGGACUUGUGUUGGGACACCGUACUACCUCUCCCCAGAGAUCUGUGAGAAUCGGCCCUAUAACAACAAGACGUAUGUGAUGCAAGAGGAGUUUAGCCACACCGUGUUGCAUAGAAACAAAGCUGUGGGGUCUCAACCAGUUAAAACAAGAGGGGGAGCAGCAAAAACACAAGGUAAGAUUCAGAAGGCUAGAGUAGCCGAGAGGCCGGGGAAUGCCAACAAGCGAGUGCCUGCUAGACCAGAUUGGAAAGUCCCUCUCAAAGCCUACACACCCACCCACCAUAAACCUCCUCAACGUAGAGAAGCACAACUAGCAGCCAAUAGAGAGUUUCCAGGGAUCCAAAGGUUUAAUGGUCAGCAGCCUGUCAGCCAUUACCAGCAUUACCACGCCCAGUUGGAUGCCUUUCAGAGGAGGAACAAAGAGGAUGUUCUUCCUCUUCCUCUUCCUCCUGUGGAAAGACCAAAGGAGCAAUGUGAAGACCAAGCUGCUCCUUGUUCUGUGGAACCAUAUCAGCUUGUGGCUGCCGCUCGAAAUGAAUACCUGCAGAGAAGACAGGAGGCCAACGACUACAAGCUGAGAGCAGAGAAACAGCUGGGUCUGCGUCCAUGUACAGCUGAGCGCAACAGCAAGCCUGGUGGUCAAGAGCAGGAGGUGGGCAAACCUGAACACCAACAUAUGCCUUUGGACAAGAGACAAGGGGGUCAGCAGGAGUACCUGCGUCAGCUCGAUCUCAUUAGACAGCAAUAUCACCUGGAGAUGAAACAGAUGAGGAUGAGAGCUGAAGCAGAGGCCAGGCCACAACACAAACUCGAGACCUUUGUGUUGGAGCAAUCCAAGGACACAGAACCAUCUGUCGACAACAAAGAGCCCCAGGAAGCAGCACCUGCACUGGAUGUUGAAGCAGCUCUGAGGCAGAUCAGAGAGGAGAACAGAGACCAGAUGAGAGCUUUGGAGAGAAAACACAAAGACAAAAGGGGAAUCAUGUUUGAGAUCCGAUUAGAUAAUGAAAAGCUAAGGGAAGACGAGGAGGAGGAGAAAGAAGAGGAAGGAAGAAAACAGGAUGACCAGGAAGUGGAUCCACUGAAUCGAACUCUGUCCUUCCAGGAAGGAGCACAGCUGAAGCUCAAGGAUUGGCUACAGGGGAGGAGGGGGUGGAGCAACAGGACUCCUCAGACUUUGCUGAACGCGCUCGGCAACAUGGACAUCAACUCAGUCUACAACACGGCGGUCGAGGCUGGACAAGGUGAGGAAGUGGCAGGUCGUAGGCAGUGGAUUGACGAGCCCCCUAACACCCUGCUGAGAGCUCUGGCUCAGGCUGAGCUCACAUCAUCAACUCUAGAUUCAGUGGCCACAGAUUUAGAGACACAGCAGGACGGAACAGAGGAGGAAAUUAACCCGGACAAAGAGGAGGAAAGGGAUGGUGAAGGAGAGGAGGAGUCUGAUGUGGAGAUGGAUGAAGAGCGUCUGGAGCCGAGGUCAGAUGAUGAUGACACGAACUUUGAGGAGUCAGAGGAUGAGCUGAGAGAAGCAGUGGCAGACUCCAUGAGGAACCUGUUUGUCAUGGAGGACACGAGCUCAGACGAAAAGGAGCAGGAACACGAACCACUAGCUGAUAGGAUGGAGGAGGAGAUGGAUGAAGGUGCAGUGAGCUCUGGAGAUCCUCAACAAAUCCAAGCAGAGGUCCAGAAUUCAAGUGAAGAGGCGGGAUCGUUCAAGGUAUUUCCUGCUGAGCCUGAGUCCCACAGACAACAUACCACAGCUUCAAACGAGCAGCCUCAGACUCCUUAACCGCCUGCAAACUUUAACAUUUUGAUUUUGUGAGAGUUGGACAAAAAUGUAAGAGUAACUGGAAUCUGAUAAUAAAAAGUGAUUGUUUUCAUGAUGUGAA